UCCGGAAACACUUUCUUGCAGCAACCACAUUCGGUUGCCUGCUUCUUCCUCUCAAACCAAAGAGGCUGCACUUAGCCGGCUUAUAAUAAGUCCCUUGUCCUGCAUUUGUUUUUAUUUAAGCGAUGUAGGAUGGCGGCAGCUUUUGGAAAGAUAGUCGUUGGUACGUACGUGGAGAUAAAGCGGAGUGAUGGACGUAUACACCAAGCAAUGGUGACAUCCAUGAAUGAAGACAAUGAAAGCGUUACAGUGGAGUGGAUAGAAAAUGGAGACACAAAAGGAAAAGAGAUUGACUUGGAGAGUAUUUUUGCACUUAAUCCAGAUGUAGCCCCUGAUGAGGAGAUUGCACCGAGUCCAGAGACUCCACCGGCUCCCACGCCAUUAGCAAAAGUCAACAGAAUUGCAAAGAACCGAAGGACAAUAGCACCAAGUAAAAAUGAUACUCCGUCCAAAGACAAUAGAGCUAUUUCAACUCGAGCAAGACCUCCACCACCUCAGCAGCCAGAGCCGGCUCCACCUCCUCCAGCACCACAGCCAGCGCUGCCUACUCAAGCCCAAACGCAACAGCAACUACAGAACGCGAGGAGGAAGUCCAACUGCGUGAAGGAAGUGGAGAAAUUGCAGGAGAAACGAGAACGGCGGCGACUUCAGCAGCAGGAGCUCAGAGAGAAACGAGCUCAGGAAGUGGAUACCACCAUCCCCAACUAUGAGAUCCUGUACAUGAUUCGAGAUUUCCGAGCUAGUCUGGACUACCGGCCACUUACUACUGCAGAUGUGAUCGAAGAGCACAGGAUAUGCGUUUGUGUCCGAAAACGCCCGCUGAACAAAAAGGAGCUGACCAUGAAAGACCUGGACGUGAUCACCAUUCCAAGUAAAGACGUGGUGAUGGUUCAUGAGCCGAAGCAGAAAGUGGACCUGACUCGGUACCUGGAGAACCAGACCUUUCGAUUUGACUACGCGUUCGAUGACAGCACAACCAACGAGAUGGUUUACAGGUUCACUGCCCGACCUUUAGUGGAGACCAUUUUUGAGAGGGGAAUGGCCACCUGCUUCGCUUAUGGGCAGACGGGCAGCGGUAAAACACAUACUAUGGGUGGAGAUUUCUCUGGGAAGAACCAAGACUGCUCUAAGGGCAUUUAUGCUUUAGCCGGUAAGGAAAUGNNUCUAAUGAUAAAGAAACCGAACUAUAAGAAAUUAGAUCUUCAAGUGUAUGCGACCUACUUUGAAAUCUAUAGUGGAAAGGUGUUUGACCUGUUGAAUCGUAAAGCUAAGCUGAGGGUGCUGGAGGACGGCAAGCAGCAAGUGCAGGUUGUGGGGCUUCAGGAGAAAGAAGUGAAAGGCACAGAGGACGUCCUCAAACUCAUUGAAGUAGGAAACAGCUGCAGAACUUCGGGACAGACGUCAGCGAAUGCUCACUCAUCCCGCAGUCACGCCGUGUUCCAGAUCAUUCUUCGUAGGAAGGGGAAGAUGCACGGGAAGUUCUCGCUCAUAGAUCUGGCGGGUAAUGAGAGGGGGGCAGACACUUCAAGCGCAGACCGGCAGACUCGCCUUGAAGGAGCCGAGAUCAACAAAAGCCUGCUGGCUCUGAAGGAAUGCAUCAGGGCUCUCGGUCGUAACAAGCCCCACACGCCAUUCAGGGCCAGCAAGCUCACCCAAGUCCUGAGAGACUCCUUCAUUGGUGAAAAUUCCCGCACAUGCAUGAUUGCAACAAUUUCUCCUGGCAUGACAUCCUGUGAGAAUACACUAAACACACUACGCUAUGCUAACAGGGUGAAGGAACUAACAAUUGACCCUAACCAAGUCAUUGAUGGAGGGCGACCAAACAUCAACGCUGUCAACCAGGUGGAUCUCCUGGACGAGGAGUGGCUGAGCAUCUCUCCACAGAGAGAUGACCUCAAAUUGCUCUGUGAGCAGAAUGAGGAGGAGGUGUCUCCCCAACUCUUCACCUUCCAUGAGGCUGUGUCUCAGCUGGUGGAGAUGGAGGAGCAAGUUCUGGAGGACCACAGAGCGGUUUUCCAGGAGUCUAUCCGGUGGUUAGAAGAUGAGAAGAUGCUGCUAGAGAUGACGGAGGAGGUGGAUUAUGACGUGGAGUCGUAUGCCACACAGCUGGAGCAGAUCCUAGAUCAGAAGAUAGACAUUCUUAUUGAACUUAGAGAUAAAGUGAAGUCUUUCCGCUCUGCACUCCAGGAGGAGGAGCAAGCCAGUAAGCAGAUCAACCCCAAAAGGCCACGUGCUCUUUAGAGGCUGAAGACUUUGGCACACGCAGAAACAUAACCACUCGGUGUUUGGCCCAACUGUAGCCGUCACUAACAGCUGUGAAGACACAAAACGAAAACGCUCCGUUUAAAAGCAGGAUUACUAAAUUGCAUUUGUUCUAAUUCCCUCUUAACCGAACUGGUUCUACACCUGGUUUGGCCUUUUUGAAGUUUUGUUUGAUUUUCUUCCAUUUUUAGAAGAUUCUUUUUUUUUCACAUGAAGAAGUUAAAUGUUCUUUUCCAUUUUCUUAAAUUAUUUUCUAUUUUUAGUCGAAUGUUUUUCAUCUGGACUAAAAAAAAAUGAACUUUUUGGCGUCUGUCAAACAAACCCAGUAUUUUGCUUCCAGGUUUCUGUUGCUGACAUCUCUGCAUGUACCCUGUGAAACCAUUAGUGCACCACCGCUUAGAGGUUCUCAGUUGGAUCUGUGAAAACAUAUUGUAGAUGAACUCUCCUCAUUUCCAGUUUGGCAGAACCACUUUGUUCUUCCUUUGUGUUUCCUUCCUCCAGUCUUGAUGUGUUUUUUUACAUGUAGUUUGCGUUUUUUUCCUUUGUGCCAUGACGUUUUAUAUGGCAAAGUAUUUAAAAGCUCCUACUUCAUGUUAAACAUGUUUCUUCACUUUUCAUUCCAUUGUUAUAAAAAAGAAAACUAGCAAAACUAUGAAUAAAUGUAUAGUGAAGGCCACAGAGCUACCAUUGUUUUGUGUUUGCACCGAUUUACAGCUGGAUGAAGGACUUCUUCAGAGAGAAGUCAUCCAAAAUAAACCAGUAACUGUCACCUGAAAGCCGACUCUGAAGGCUGAACGGCUCACGCCGCCAUCUGAAAUCAACCUGUUCCCUGCAUUUUUGCAUUGUUUUGCAAAAUGUAUGCAUGAAAUAAUCUGAUCAUAUUUAAUGAUUCAUUAUAAUAAAAGGAAAUGGAUUCUCUAUUGA